AUGGGAAAGAGAAGAGCUUCCCGCAUUCUCGACAGUUCAGCCAAAACAGAAGCGUCAUUCGACCUCCGAGAAGUCAAAAAUGAGAAACUCAACGUUUCCUCGGUAAAAGCCUUUGAAAGUCCACAUUUUUUUGCAAAUGAAAGCUAAUGUUGCAGGAAUCGGAGCACGAUGAUUAUGAAGAUCGAGACCAAACUGAGUUGUAUGACACAACAGUGAAGAACGGUGACUCGGCAUAUGAGCCGGAUCGAAUGAGAAUUCUUGUCGAGGUAGUGAACGGAUAUUGUUCGAAAAAAGCUCAGUGGAACGACUUUUUCAGUCGUUCACCGAGUUUCUCAACGAUCGUCAAUAUUCGGCGGUAACCAUCCAUAACAUGGAGAAAUUGGUUACCGAAUGGGGCGAAAUACGUCCGGAGGAUUCCAUCGACGUCGGGUAUUCAAAAAAUCUACGAUAAAUUCAAAUUACAUAAAUUUUCAGCCUUUUCUGCGCCGAUUAUCGCAAAUAUCUGAAAAGCGCACUGAAAAUCGGCCAUCUGCACCUCAACGACGCCACCAUGCUUCUGACGACUUACUUGAGCAGCGAGAAGUCGUUGAAGGAGUUUAAGAGUUUUCCUGCCAGGCCACCGACUAAGCUUAAACUCUAUCUCGAAAAGAACAAUCUCAAAUUGACACUCGGAGGGAUGGGAGUACGUUUCCUCUAUCUUUGCGUUAUUAUAAUGCUUGACUUCAAGACUAUCAAUUUCAGGUUGCAUACAGGCACAUGCGUGAGAACGAUUCCGCCGAAGAAAUGGAAGAAAUCAAUGAGAAGGUACGUGCGGCUACACUGCAGUACCUGCCGGCUCUCCAACAUUUCCUGGAUUCUCAUCCGAAUCUGACAGAAAUUCAACGUCGCGCCGUGGAAGUCAAAAUCAAACAAAUUCAAAAACUGACGACACCGAAGCAACCAAAGGGUGCCACUCCGAAGAGGCCAAGAAAGAGGGGAAGAUCGUCCAAGAAAGAGCCGGAGACAGCGUUUCGCCUCUUCUGCAGAACCAAAACCGACAAGUUUGUAUUUUCUAAGCGAGACUCAUUCACAAUUUCGGUUCUCAGGUACCGUGAUUUGUCCGAAGAGGACCGCGAGAGGAAACUGCAGAAAAAAUUUGACAAGCUCUCGACGGGGGAGCGUGAGAUUCUGGAAAAACUGGCUUUCACUGCGUAG